AUGUCUAAUAACGCAAACGCACUCCUUGCGUGGUAUCUUUCUAACCUUGUCGCUCAUCCUUUACGCACAAAAGCAUGUACUUCAGGUUUAUUAUCUGGUCUCCAAGAACUGACAGCUCAAAAGUUAUCUGGGGCAAAGAAACUCGAUAAGCGUAUUGUACAAAUGGCUUGUUAUGGAUUAUUCGUUUCAGGCCCACUUAACCAUCUUUUGUAUGAAAUUAUGAAUAAGGUUUUUGCUGGCAAGACAGGGCCCAAAGUAAAGGUGGGUCAGUUGCUUUUCUCAAACUUGAUCAUUUCCCCAGUCAUGAACUCGGUCUAUUUGACCGCCAUGGCCGUCCUUGCUGGUAUUCGCUCUCCUGCCAAAUUAAAGGCAACUGUUAAGGCUGGUCUUUUGCCAAUGCAGAAAGUGUCUUGGGUUGUCUCACCAUUGACCUUGCUGUUUGCUCAAAAUUUCUUACCACCCACAACUUGGGUACCCUUCUUUAAUCUCGUAGCAUUUGUAUUCGGUACCUACAUCAAUACCAUGGUUAAGCGUAAGCGUAUCAGCGAAGAGGCAGCCAAGAAAGACUAA